GAAAAGCCCAACUACAGCAACUCGGGCGCACUAGCGGCUGCCUCAAACUCGAUUGCCCAGGCAGACGGAUCAACCAUUGUGCUCAAAUACCAUGAGCCUCCGGAGGCGCGAAAGCCUUCACCGAAAGACCAAUGGAAACUAUUUGUGUUCAAAGGCCAAGACAUCAUCGACACUAUCGAGUUGAACGCGCGUACCUGCUGGCUCAUGGGCAGAGAAAUGGCUGUCAUCGAUAUCGCUGCGGAGCACCCUAGUAUCAGCAAACAACAUGCUGUCAUCCAGUUCCGGUAUCUUGAGAAGCGAAAUGAGUAUGGCGACAGGAUAGGCAAAGUCAAGCCCUAUCUAAUCGACCUUGAAAGCGCAAAUGGGACUAAGCUCAACUCCAAGAGAAUUCCGGACAGCAGAUACCUGGAACUGCAGGACAGGGAUCUCAUUGAACUCGGUCAAAGUACCAGAGAAUAUGUUCUUAUG